UAGUUCACCGAUAAUACCCGAAGUCGUAAGGUGGCGAAAGAGACUAUUGAUGCGAGUGAGACAGACAAACUCGUGCGAGUGCCAUGGUGAAGCGACGUCACUGUCGUUGAAAUACGUGCAAAAGAAAAUUGGAGUGAUUUUAAGACGCUGAUGAUUAUUGUUCGCUGCAGUGACUUUUUUGUGAUAAAUCAUCGUGUUAACAAGUGGCGCGUUGUUUUCGUAUGUAUAAGUGACAAAAGAUAAACUUCCCGUAAGAUUUCUGGAGGAAAAAACUAGUACGUAUACUCUCUCGGAGUAGCAAGUAGUGCGAUUAUUACGUGUAUGUGCCGGCGUCUAGAAUAUACGUUUGUGCUGUCGCGUAAUCGGUGUUCUGAUCAUAACAACGAUCUGCCGUGUUAGUUGCAAAGAGUAUUCGCAACGUUUAUGUUUUCUUACUUGUUACUAUCCACGUUAAAACUAGCUAUGCAAGAAAGGGAUAAAUCGGUAACUGGCUGGUGGCAGCCAUUUUCCAGAUGAGUUUUCCCCUUUCUUUCGAUAAGCAAAAUGCGCUAUGCCGUGAAAGAGAAAGAAAGAGGUAGUUAGUUAGAGCAAAAAGGAAAGAAACAAAAACUAAGUAGGAGGAAGAAACGGUGUUUUAUUAUGUUUUACAAGUGUUGUGAAAUUAUUAAUGUAAUAUUUGCUCUCAUUGGUGUAAGAAGACUCAACGAAACUAGGAGUUUAUUUAAAGAUUGCAAGACAGAUAAAAGUGCAUCGAAAGUGCAUAUACCUGACAAAUAUAUUUGUGAUGUGAUAUAAUAGAACAAAUUGGAUGUCAGUGUAAUAAUGUAGUGCCAACUUUACAGAUGGAUAAACAGGGAUGACUGAUAACUGUUGGAAUUCUGGUGGUGGCGCUGGCGUCAAGAUGGAGCACUUUCAGGCCACCCUGGACCCAAGGAAGCAGGAGUUAUUGGAGGCCCGCUUUCUCGGAGCACGGAUGUCUGCUGGGUCACAAAUUCAGAUGGCACCUCAAUCAACUGUAAACUCUGGUCAGUCAGUUCAUAGUCAAGACUCGAACAUGAGCACUGGCUCAUCACAUAGUGAUAAGGAGGUAGAUCCAAAUACUCCAGAAAAGGUACCAAGAACUCCUUCGGAGAGGAAAAGGAAACGUAAAGCUGACGAUGGAGGUGGGGGAAUUACUGGGGGACCUAUAGGAAGCAAGGGGUCUAGAUCUGUUGCUGCUCUUGAAAAUAAAAAAAUAAAUGAGUAUUUUUCAAAGCAUCAUUUGGGUAAUAGCCCCAUUCGGCAUGGGGGUGCUAAAAGUCCUUCACCUCAACAGGGAUAUCCUAUGUAUCCACCAUCGCCUCAACAACUCCUUUCACCACAAGUAACAACACCCAAUUCUUCAGUGGCAGAAUUUUCUUCACUGAUGCAGCCGCCAAGACCUCAUCCUCAACCUCCACCUCCUCCUCCACCAGCCUCAACACAACCUGCAGGCUCGAUGGUCAGCAAGCAGGUGCAGGUAAGGCCUACCAACCUCAGUAGGACAAGCCAGGUCAGGCAAGCGAAGACUAACACCCCAAAUACAGAACUUACUUGCCAGAGGAUACAAGAAUUUGAAACUCAAGCCUCUUCAGACUUAGAAUUACGUAACAACAAAAUUGAUGAAUUAAAUAGAACAACUGAUGAACUUAGGCAUCAAAUGGCUAAUCAACAAAAAUUAAUUGAACAGCACAAAUCUCAUAUAAAUAAGUGUAUAGAUGUUGUAAAGAAGCUACUAAAAGAAAAAUCAAACAUAGAAAAAAAGGAGGCUAGGCAAAAGUGUAUGCAAAAUAGACUGAGGUUGGGUCAAUUUGUAACUCAAAGGGUGGGUGCAACGUUUCAAGAAAAUUGGACGGAUGGUUAUGCGUUUCAAGAAUUAGCUCGACGGCAAGAAGAAAUCGCAACUGAACGAGAAGAAAUUGAUAAACAAAAAAAGCUACUACUCAAAAAAAGGCCAUCGAACAGUGAAACUGGUAGGAAACGUAGUCAGCCUCAACCUUCUUUGCAUAAUGGCACAGAAGCUACAUUCUUAAAGCCAGAUGCAGUACCUGGAUCUUAUACGUGGCAAGAGUAUUAUGAAGCUGAUGAAAUACUCAAGUUAAGACAAAGUGCGUUGAAAAAAGAAGACGCUGAUCUGCAAUUAGAAAUGGAAAAACUCGAAAGAGAACGAAACUUGCACAUUAGAGAACUGAAACGUAUUCACAACGAGGACCAAUCGAGAUUCAAUUCUCAUCCUGUAUUGAAUGAACGUUACCUUUUAUUAAUGUUGUUAGGAAAAGGUGGCUUCAGCGAAGUGCAUAAGGCAUUUGACUUAAAAGAGCAACGAUAUGUCGCUUGUAAAGUGCAUCAACUAAAUAAAGACUGGAAAGAAGAUAAGAAAGCUAAUUAUAUUAAGCAUGCGUUACGAGAAUACAAUAUACAUAAAGCUCUUGAUCAUCCUCGUGUUGUGAAAUUGUAUGAUGUGUUUGAAAUUGACGCCAAUUCUUUUUGUACUGUCUUGGAAUAUUGUGAUGGCCAUGAUUUAGAUUUUUAUCUUAAGCAGCAUAAGACUAUACCUGAAAGAGAAGCAAGAUCUAUUGUUAUGCAAGUUGUAUCUGCAUUAAAGUACCUCAAUGAAAUAAAACCCCCAGUCAUACAUUAUGAUUUAAAGCCUGGUAAUAUAUUAUUAACUGAAGGUAAUGUUUGUGGAGAAAUAAAGAUAACAGAUUUCGGAUUAAGUAAAGUAAUGGAUGAGGAAAAUUAUAAUCCAGACCAUGGAAUGGAUUUAACAUCUCAAGGAGCUGGUACCUAUUGGUACCUUCCACCAGAGUGUUUUGUUAUUGGUAAAAAUCCUCCAAAAAUAUCAUCGAAAGUUGAUGUUUGGAGUGUAGGAGUUAUAUUUUAUCAAUGUCUAUAUGGCAAAAAGCCCUUUGGACAUAAUCAAUCUCAAGCAACAAUUUUAGAAGAGAAUACAAUUUUGAAAGCCACUGAAGUUCAAUUUGCAAAUAAACCAACUGUUAGCAACGAAGCAAAGAGUUUCAUAAGAAGUUGCCUAGCAUAUAGGAAAGAAGAGCGCAUAGAUGUGUUGACAUUAGCUAGACAUGAAUAUCUACAACCUCCAGUGCCAAAACAUGGCCGUCAAGCGAAUAAUCAGCAACAACAGCAACAACAACAACAGAUUCAGCAGCAGCAACAAACCACAUUUAAUAUUGGCAUGUUUAGUGGUAUGAACGCGUCAAGCAGUUCGUAGUGGAAAAAAACUAAAGACAAAAUCUUCGAUAUACUAAUACAUGCCAAAUCUUGAACAUUGAAUUGCACACCAUCUCAUCUUAGGAACAUAGCGGUUGCUAUAACGAAUUGUAAAUACUAAAAACCGGAUAAUAUCACCAUCACCAAUGCCACGAUUACCACUACCACUACCACUCCACUACCACUACCGCCAUCACUACCACUUCCACCACACCUUUACAACUAUACUUACAGGCCAACUACAUAGGACAUUGCAAGAGAGAUGCGAGACUGGUCGUCGCAAGUCCAGAAGCUUGCGUCUUUCUACAAUACAAGCUACAUUAUUCAGCAUGACAAAAAUGUUGUGUUCGUAAAUAUUCAAUUGUAUUAUCGUUCCUUGUAUCAAACAGUGGGCUGACUUGAUAAUAGUGUUUAAAAAGAAAUGAGAGAAACAGAUAAACAUGUGAUAAGUCAUUGUGAAUUAAAGUGAAGUUCAAAUUAAGAAGAAAAGGAAACAAAGGAGUAUAGCGACGGAAAUCAUUACAAGUGAAAAUUACUCGGUGAAAAUAAAGAGAGCAACGGAAGAUAAAGUAUCCGAGGCAAAGCGCGUCAAAGCAGUGUAGAGGGACUUUGCUUUUAUGGAGACGUUCCUCUCUUCUGAAGUUACGUAUGGAUGAAUGAGUGUGACGAAAGAUUGUUAAAACUAGUGUGCGUGUAUAUAUUUAUACUAUAUAUAUAUAUAUACUAAUAAAUCCGAUAUAAUAUAUAUAUAUGGUGUAAAGAACAGGACAGCAUUGACAGUGGAAAGACAACUGUGGUGGAUCCUCGCAUGACCUCCGUGCAGCCAAGUAUUCCAUGAAUAUUUGACUGCACAUCAUGUUACUUUAUUCAAAUAUUAACAUUAUUACUUAUAUCAUGACUAAUAACGAUUAACAUACACACACGAGGAGAUUUGGUUGGUUGUUCCUAUUCUGAAAUGAGUGGGCUUAUCUACACCGGAUUGAUUGGUCUAAGGUUCGAAUGCAAAGAAAGUAAAAGAAUCGCGAUGCUCCCAAAUAAAAAAAGAACAUACAGAAUCGCAGUCCACGGUUUAUAUGCUCCAUGCACAUGUACAUUUUUAAUCCAUGAUUUUCUAAUAGAGUGAUUCAUUUUUUUCUAGAGUGGACUUCGGCGCGAUAAUUAUGAUCUUACAUUUUCGUGAUAUAUAACAAUUCUUAUAAUCAGGCAUUAAAAGUUUUUAAAGUAAGAUUCAUGAUACUGUACCGACCUGGUUGCUAUUUCUUUAUUCAUAAUUUGUUUUAUAUAUGUACGUUAUAUAUAGAUAAUUAUGAAAUAGAAGAUUAAGUUAUUUUAUCAAGUGCCCUUGCUUUGUAUUAUAGUCGCGUCUGUCGACAACCUGCAGCUUUUGGGAGUACUAGAAAGUUGUUAAAAUGUUGUAAGUUGUUGGUACAAUGUGGGCACGGUAUUGGUUGAUAAAUCAAUACCAACGUGAUUGGCAAAGAAUGGUCAGAGGAGAAUACAUUACAAGUCUGAACAGAGUCUACUACUAGAUCCAUCGCUUCUAUUCUAAAAGCCAACCGUUCCUGCUUCCCUCUCCUAUUUCUCUUGCGGUUUUCAAAUUUAUUAAACAGGAAAGCGUAUACUUUUAAAAUUCCUCUACGAGGAAGUGCUUUUUGUAAACUAAGUUCGAAGACAAACUAGUCAGAAAAUGAAUAAAUUCAUUUACUUUUUCUCCGAGGACGGGUAUGCAUAAUUGUCAAAUUUGAAAAUUUUCAAUUUUUCGGUAUAUUUAUAUAAUCAUCGUUUUCAUAUAAUUAAAAAAUUAACUGUAAUCGAGCAAAAAUUCCCUAAUUCAGAAAUUUUGCUUGAACAUAAUGAUUAAAAUAAUCGCGAUUAGUUUUAUUAUAUUUUAAUAUAUUUAUUAUAGUUUAAAAUGACAAUUGGUGCAUACUAUUCUUGGGCAAAAAAUAGCAUAUACUUUGGCCAGUAAAAUUUACGAAAAACACUUCUUUUAAAAAACAGGGAUAUCGUUCUGCUACCACAACAAAUUGCUACCAGGAAAAGAUUAAAUCAUUUAAUAAGACGUCAAACUGAUGAAAGAACGAAAAAAAAUCAUUUAACGAGCAUUUAUUCUAUGAAAUCUCAUUUGGGAUUAUUUGUAAUGAUAAAAAAUGAAACAAAUCUGCACCAAGCAGUGUUUAUAUGUUUUGCGAUAGAAGCAAUUUUGCAUUUGUAUAUAGUGAAGACUCCUUAAAAAUGCAUCGUUAAUAAAACUAUUAAAUGCAUAUAUCGAAAACAAAUUUUUAUCCAAGGAAUAAGAUUUUUUUCAUAGAAAAUUCAUUGCACAAAUAUUCAAAUAUUGCCUGAUCAGAUAUAUUCUUUAAAAACUACGGGUCAACUUGAAAAGAAAAGCAUUACAUAAUAAUAUUUCCUGCUCUAUGUGCUUUUAUAACUAUAUGCAUGCUAGAGUUUGGAGUAUUAUUAUGCAUUUUAAAAAAAGAGGAAUUUAAAUAAUUCUUUAAUAAACAAAGUUUUUUUUUAUCGCCCUUGCGUGUCAGCAUAGUCACGAUCUUCCUCAUAAACAACAGGAAUUGCGUCGAGGAUGCUGUAUGAAACGUUAUAGCAAUAAAUUUACGUAUUUGUGUAUAAUUUAAAGUUAGUAAACUUAUUAAUUAAAUAUGAAUCACA